AGGGAUUCGUGUAUUUCGUGUAGGACCUCAGAGGGUACCGUAACUCAAGUCGCUACAGGUUAUUGCAGCAACGGGCAACGUCCUCAAGUGCCAUGGGAAUGCAAGUUAAAUCGGUGUUGGCAGCCUUGGUAGCGCUUGUGUUUGCGACAGAAGGCAGAUUCUUCUACGAUUAUUUGCCCCCAUUGCUAUUGGCCGAACACCCAUAUGCUGUGGAUGAGUCGGUGGCCACUGUGCCGUUGGUGCUGGUGGCGCAAGAUAGGCUGCAGGUGGUACCCGUGACAGAUGUGCAGAUUGCCGGGUAUUCCCUCACUCAGCCUCUUGUCACGUUACUGGCACCAGACGAGCCAGAGGCUAUGCCUGCGGUGCAGUUUGCAUUACCACGCCCAAUCUGGGUGUCAGAGCCUGAGGUUCCUAUCACAUUUCCCUCAGCCUUCACCAUUGUUCAUGAUGGAAUCUGCAUGCCCAUUCCUGUGGGCGCUGUGAUUGCACCUGUACCUGCUGGCAUAUAUAUCUCACACACACGCCCCAUUGCUGUCUCUGUAGUGUACGCUGUUCCUACUGGCCCACUGCCACCUCAGUACCACCUCCCAUACCCAACCAGGAGGCCCAAUGUAACAACAGACAAGAUCCCUGAGGUAGUGACAGUAACAACUAGCCCAGAGAAGCCGCAACCAACUCCUGAAGGAGUGGCAGUGACAUCUAGCCCAGAGAAACCAAAACCAACUCCUGGAGCAGUGACAGUGACAACACGUCCAGAGAAGCCACAGCUGAUUACUGUGUUAGACUUCCCAUCCACUGUUCAGACCCCACCGGUACUUGUCUUCCAGCCACCAACAGACUCUGAGCUUGAGAAUCGUAAUCCGCCCCAGGGAGUUGUUCCUGCAGGCAUUGUGCAGUCUGCUGCACCCACACCAAACCUGUCCGUCUUCAUCAACUCGAAGGAAUCUGCUGUGCUGCAGGAACUACGUGACAAAGCAAAUCGUCUGAAGGCAUCGCGGACCUAACAGAAACAGUGAGAAGAAAAAUCCAGAGUUACCAAUACCCAAAUAACAAUAACAUAGCUCCAUUUUGUUGCUUGGAACUUUGUGUGUUUAAACAAGCAGUAUAUUUUUGUAUGUGAUAAAAGUAUGCAUGUACUAUGGCAGUCAAGACUUAAUGUCAGUGUUAUUAUAGGUGCAGACAGCAAUGGUACUGACUCCCCCCCCCCCAAAAAAAAACUGGGUGCUUGUUUCAUAAGCAUCUUAUGAAAGACGAAAGUUCUGUAUAGUAUGUAAUGCCUAAUUUUUUAACUAUAAUCAGUGAAAUCAUUAAACAUUCUUGCUCCUUGGUUCUGUGAUCCUUAAAUGGCUUCCUUUGUGACUGAUGCCCGUUCUUUAUUAUUAGACACUGGCCUCCAUCUAUUCACUUUCAGCCCAUAUACGUAAAUCAUUCCCUAUGUCUUCCACUAAUCUUAAUCUGGGCUCUCUCUUCUUUUCUUCUACCUUCUGACUUACUUUCAAAUUUGUCCUUCCACACCUGUUUGAUCCAGUCUAAUCACAUAUCCCAAUUGUGCCAGUAUUCUUUUAAUUUUGGCUACCAGGUUAGGGAUUUUAUACAAUUCCUUCAGCUCUGGUUACUUCGGAUUCUACUCACUCCUUGCUCAGUUACUGAUGUGUACAUGUUCUUCAAGAUGUUCCGCUCACAAAUGUUCAGUGAUACUCUUGCUGCUUACUUUUUUGGGGCCUUUACGUUGUACGCCACGCUAUUACCGUCCUCCCUUUAUCCUACGUCGUGCUCCACUUAUCACCAUCCUCCGUCCUCUUGUGGAUGUCGAGAAGUUAGGUGGGAAGGGAGGAGAAUUGUGGUUAUUGGAGCUGGUACGCGAGAGCAGGUAAAGACGGGAGUAUCUGGGUUCUGUUCGGUAAUUUGUAGAGCUGAGUUCAUAUCCCGGGUCUUAUACGG